AUGGCACAUUCAGUACCUAUUCGCCCAAUGCCCAAGUUUAAUCCCGACGCUGAACUUGGCGCGAGCGUCGCUACACGUUGGAAAAACUGGGUCAAAGACUUUGACAUGUUUCUCCUGGCUAGUGGCGUUACAGAUCCUAAACGACAACGAGCUUUGUUGCUAUACCAAGCUGGCGCAAGAGUGCGCGAAAUCUUUAAACCACUGCCUGACACUGGCGAAGACAAAGACUAUGAUAUUGCCAAAGCGAAAUUACUUGCCCAUUUCGAACCGCAGAAAAACAGACGCUACGAGGUGUAUCGAUUUCGAAAGGCUGUGCAAGAACCAAGGGAAACUCUCGAUCAGUUCCACACCCGGCUUCGAACUUUAGCCCAAACUUGCGAGUUCGCAUCGCCAGAUUUCGAACUCGAAGAACAAAUAAUUAUUGGAGGGGCCUCUUCGAAAAUCCGCAAACGUGCGUUGCGUGAUCCAAGUUUUAAUCUAGCUGCCAUGCUCUUAGAAGGCCGCCGAGACGAACAGAGCACUUUCCAAGCUAAAGAUAUCGAAUCGACAUCGCCCGAAAGCGCAACGAGCACCUUUGACGAAAUUGACGCUCUCUACAGACCGACGGGAUGUCGCAAUUGUGGUGAAUCUUUUCCUCACAAAGGUCUUUGCCCCACGAAAGGCAAACAGUGUCGAAAGUGUGUCAAACUUAACCAUUUUCAAAGCGUUUGUCGAAGCAGACCUAUUGCACAACCAAGUGGCAGUAUCGCACAGCAAGACUCCACUCAGAAUUACCAUAGCAACGCCACACGAAACCUGAUACGACCCCUCGAGCAUUACAACACCGGUGACUCAGACGACGAUUAUAUCUACGGAAUUCACAGCCUCGAUAAAAGCUCUCGAGUUAACGUCACAGUGGGUGGCCAUUCGUUUAGCACAAUAGUUGACACAGGCGCAAUUAUAAAUGUGAUCGAUGAACGCACAUAUAAGACUUUGCGCGGUAUCUCUCUGCAAAAGACAACAACAAAAGCAUUUGCGUACAACUCUACAACCCCGGUACCGUUCCUUGGGAAGUUUACAGCAACUGUCGAAACGCGCCGGAAAAUUACCGCGGCGACCUUUUAUGUCGCACAGGGUUCAAUUCUCGAGAGAAAUGCCAACGUUUUCGACGGAUUGGGAAAACUGAAAGGUCAGACCGUCCACCUAAACAUUGAUCCCAAUGCUAAUCCUAAAGCUCAACCACAGCGCCGCAUCCCUUACCACAUCCGAAACAAAGUUAAAGAUGCAAUCAUAACCCUUGAAAAAGACGACAUAAUCGAACGAGUGCCUGAAGAUGAACCAACCCCCUGGGUCUCUCCUAUUGUCGCCGUGCCAAAAAAAGACGGAGGUGUGCGUAUUUGUGUUGACAUGCGACAAGCGAAUGAGGCGAUCAAAAGGGUCCGACACCCGAUACCUACGGUUGAUGACGUAAGAUUUGAACUGAACGGCGCGAAAUAUUUCUCGAAAUUGGACUUAUCCCAGGCGUACCACCAACUCAAACUCGAUCCGAAAAGCCGACAUAUCACCACAUUUAGUACACACAUCGGGCUAUAUCGCUAUAAACGUUUAAAUUAUGGGACAAACGCUGCCGCUCAGAUUUUCCAAUACACGCUUCAGACACAAUUACAAGGACUCAUCGGAGUCAAGAACAUAGCCGACGAUAUUAUCGUUUAUGGAAGUACUCGCACGGAACACGAUGAAAAUCUAGACAAGUGCCUACAACGUCUAACAACCCGAGGAUUGACCCUCAACGCCAGUAAAUGUAAAUUAUUGAAUCCCACAUUGGAAUUUUUCGGUCAAAUCUUCUCUGCCGAUGGCACGCGACCAGACCCUCAACGAGUCGACCUCCAGAAUGUGGCCACACCCACCACUGUCCAAGAAGUCCGAAGCCUUCUUGGUAUGGCGAACUACAGCAGUCAAUACAUCCCCAACUUUGCAACAAUCACUGCCCCCCUCCGUCUCUUAACGAAAAACGACAUACCAUUUGUGUGGACCACGGCACAUAAAAACGCGUUCGACAACCUGAAAGCCGCUCUAACGUCAGCUCCAUGCAUGGCGUAUUUCGACAUCCAUAAAGAAUCCUUUGUUGCCGUCGACGCGAGCCCUGUCGGGGUAUCGGCUAUCCUCUCACAAAAAUCGUCAAAUGUCGCAAAUUCCAAAGUCAUUGCUUACACCAGUCGUGCCUUAUCGCCCGUCGAAACACGUUACUCCCAAACCGACCGAGAAGCCCUCGCUAUCGUCUGGGCUGUCGAACAUUUCCACAUGUUCCUGUUUGGACAUCAUUUUACGUUGGUAACCGACCACAAACCCCUUGAAAUCAUUUACGGCACCACCAGGUCGAAACCGUCUGCACGUAUAGAACGUUGGGUUCUGCGAUUACAACCGUACCACUUUAACGUCAUCUACAAACCUGGUGCCACCAACCCCGCUGAUUAUUUAUCACGUCAUCCUGCAUCACCACGCAUGUCACACCCGGAUCGCAUGGCUGAAGAAUAUGUCAACUUCAUUGAACGACACACUGCCCCCCGCGCCAUGCCAUCGAAGAAAUUGCCACAGCAACACGUGCAGAUAAGACAACGCAUCUUUGAUAAAGACAACGCAUCUUUGUAAGUUUGUUCAGGAUAUACAAUACGCAAGGCUCGCUUUUGGAUUUUUUCAAGUUUGUCAGAUAAAUAGCAUGAGAUAGAGUUGUGCCAAACUUCACAAGAGUAUUCAAGGAUUGAGCGUAUUAACGCAAUAUACACAGUGAGAAGGUCUGCAGGAGGAAUACCACUUCGGCGCAACACCCGGAGGAUAUGCAAUCGUUUGGAUGCCUUCGAGACUAUUUCAUGAAUAUGUUCAUCCCAUUUCAGGUUGUUUUGGAUCGUGAGUCCCAGUACUUUAUGUGAACGCACUGUCUCAAUUGGG